GCAGGACCAGGUCUCCAGCCUACGUCUGAGCCGCACCGUGACAAGCUUGGCCGCUGGCGUGGACGUGACCGCUCUCGUGGGCCCAGUCACCCUCCAGGCGCAGGGCACAUUCUGGAAGAAGUGGAAGCCCAACGGAGAGGAGCACACCGCGGCGUUGGGCAAGCUCACGCAGGUCGUUGAAGUCAUCGUGGACGCCAGCGAUAGGCACUCCCAGCUCGUCACGGAGGCCACAAACACGCAGCAGGAGAUCCAGAACCUCAGGAGCCAGAACAAUAUGGCCAAGCAGGCCGCCAUGCAG